AUGUCACAUCACAGCGACGAUCAGCUGCUGCAGGCCGGCAGUGAUUCUUUUUGGGAGCUGAACAAUUACAAACGCACCACUAAGCGGAUAGAGGACGGUUACAAAUUGUGUACGGAGCUGCAAACACUGAUCCAGGAGCGUGCCGAAAUUGAAAAAGCAUAUGCCAAAAAUUUGAAAGCAUGGUCAAAGAAAUGGGGCGAAUUGAUUGAGAAAGGACCAGAGUACGGUACGACAGAAGCGGCCUGGAAGGGAAUGCUCACGGAGGCAGAACGUUUGUCCGACCUGCAUCUGAAGAUAAAGGCAAGCCUUUGUUCCGAUGUAACACUUCAGAUAAAAGAAUGGCAAAAGGAUAGCUAUCAUAAGUCGAUGAUGCAAAUUAAGGAGCGCAAAGAAAUGGAAGAUCAAUUCAAACGGGCACAGAAACCAUGGGCCAAAUUGUUAGGCAAUGCGGAAAAGGCGAAAGCAGAUUAUCACGCGGCUUGUAAAAUGGAAAAAUCCGCCGCCAAUCAGGAACGAAAUGCCUCCAGCGAUUCUUCGAUGUCAAACGAUCAGCUAAAAAAGAUGCAAGAAAGGGUACAGAAGCUUAAGGACGACGUAGCGAAGAGCCGCGAUCGAUACGAACAAACGCUCAACGAGAUCAAAGAGUACAAUCCCGUGUAUAUCGAAAGCAUGACGAACGUUUUCCGGAAGUGCCAAGAGAUGGAGGAAACUCGGUUGUGUUUCUUCAAGAAUGUGCUGUUCUCGAUACACAAAUGUUUGAACAUUUCCGAAGAUCCGAGUUUGCCACAAAUCUACAAAGAAUUCCACCAUACGAUCAACAACGCCGACCACCAGAAGGAUCUGAAGUGGUGGUCCAAUAAUCACGGCGUCAACAUGGGUAUGAGCUGGCCAACGUUCGUGGAGUACACGGAAGAGUUCCGCGACAUUGCGAAGGGCAUCAAAUCCAAAGAAGCUUUACCCGCAGCGCCGAUCACGCUCAUUCAUCAGCGACCCGUGGCCGAAGAUUUGCAUGAAUAUCCGCCACCACCGCCAGCUAACAACAAUCGGCUACUCGGAGGUGGCAAUCGGAACAGUACGGCCCUUAGUAUUACCAAUUCGACUGGCAACAAUCGCACCACCCCGACACCGAAUAAUGAUUCGCCCAAAUCGGAAACGGCUUCGACGAAAAAUGAACCAGCUAUUACACCUACCCGAACAUCGCCAGGGCGCGCUGCACCACCCGGAGGAGCGGUCGUUACCAAUGGUAACUCCGGAACGAAUGGCAAAGCGAACGAUAGCAAUCCUUUCGAAGAGGAGGAAGAGUGGGAUGAGGGUGAUGGUAACGAUAAUCUUCUGGUGGACAAUGGUGAACCUGGCGUACCGGUGAAGGCACUGUACGACUACGAAGGUGCGGAAAGUGAUGAGCUUACGUUCAAACAGGGUGAUUUAUUUGAAAAGCUGGAAGACGAAGAUGAACAAGGCUGGUGUAAAGGACGAAAGGACGGGCGAGUAGGACUGUACCCGGCCAACUACGUGGAAGUGGUAGCGACGUAA